AUGGACACGUUAGCUGGCAUUGCAAUCAAGUAUGGUGUUGAGGUUGCAGAUAUAAAAAAGGUGAACGGGCUUGUUACAGAUCGUCAAAUGUUUGCUUUAAGGACCCUCCACAUUCCUCUAGCUGGAAGGCACAUUCCAAUCUCCCUUUUCACAAAUGACAAGAAAUCAAAUGUGACUCAGAAUGUUGAUGCUGCUAACGAGAAAUUGGAUGCCUGGACAUCCCAUAAGACUGAAAUAGGAGUUGUAUACUAUUAUAAUGCCUUGACAGGAGAAUCAACAUAUGAUAAACCUGCUGGCUUUAAAGGCGACCCUCACCAAAUUGCUGUGCAGCCAACUCCAGUUUCAAUGGUGGAUAUACCGGGUACAGAUUGGAUGUUGGUCUCCACUAGUGAUGGGAAAAAAUAUUACUACAACAAACAAACCAGCUGCUGGGAAGUUCCAAAUGAGGUGGCUGAAUUGAAAAAGCAGGAUGGUGAUGUCACAAAAGAUCAUUCAAUGUCAGUUCCAAAUACUAAUGUAUUGUCUGAUAGAGGGUCUGGAAUGGUUAUUCUGAAUACUCCUGCUAUUAAUACUGGUGGUCGUGAUGCUGCAGCUCUUAAACCCUCUAGUGUUCAGAGCUCACCAUCGGCACUGGAUUUGAUCAAGAAGAAGCUGCAGGAGUCUGGAAUGCCUGUUGCUUCCUCUUCUGUUCCUGUCUCACCAGUACAAACAGGAUCUGAAUCAAAUGGUUCCAAAGCAGCUGAAUCUGCAGCAAAGGGCCUGCAAAAUGAUAACAAAGAUAAACAAAAAGAUGCUAAUGGUGAUGCUAACACCUCUGACACAUCCUCAGAUUCAGAAGAUGAAGAUAGUGGACCCUCAAAGGAAAAGUGCAUCAUUCAGUUUAAGACGAAAUACCAUGAAAAAAAAUUCAUAGUGCUUUCUUUUAAGAAAGCUGCUGAACAAAAGGCUCAAGCAAGCCGCAUAGCUGCUGCUACCAGUUUUAAAUCAAUGCUUAAAGAACGAGGCGAUAUAUCUAUUAACUCCUGUUGGUCCAGGGUCAAAGGAAGGUUAAGGGAUGACCCAAGAUAUAAAUCUGUGAGACACGAGGAUAGGGAGCUUUUGUUCAAUGAUUAUAUAUCUAAAUUAAAAGCAACUGAACAUGCUGCAGAACGAAAGAACAAAGCCAAAAGGGAGGAGCAGGAUAAGUUGAGGGAGAGAGAACGGGAGCUUCGGAAAAGGAAGUAAACUAAGGAGCAGGAAAUGGAAAGGGUGCGGGUGAAAAUCCAAAGAAAGGAGGCAAUCGCUUAUUUUCAAACUUUACUUGUGGAGACAAUCAAAGACCCUUUGGCUUCAUGGACGGAAUCUAAGCAUAAGUUAGAAAAGGAUCCUCAAGGACGUGCAACUAAUCCUGAUCUAGAUCCAGCUGACACUGAAAAGCUCUUUCGGGAACAUAUCAAGAUUCUUCAGGAACGAUGUGCACACGAUUUUAGAAUGCUUUUGGCUGAAGUAUUAACUUUGGAAGCUGCAUCCCAUGAAAGUGAAGAUGGGAAAACAGUUCUUAAUUCAUGGUCUACUGCAAAGCGUCUUUUGAAAUCUGAUCCAAGAUAUAACAAAGUUCCAAGGAAAGAUAGGGAACCCUUGUGGCGCCGAUACACACAAGAUGUGCAGCGGCGGCAAAAGUCAUCCCAGGAAGAGGAAAACACAGAUACUAAGGGUAAAAACACAUUAGAAUCUAUUAAACUUGCGUUGGAAGCUGGGAGAUCCCAUGAGAGGAGAUGAUUCUUGAGAGAUUAGGUCUCUAACUUUAAAGCCUUGAUGUUAUAACAGAUGAAGUUCUAA